GUCACACCGCAUGCGAAGCUUCUCGUAUGGAUUUCCUUCUUCUAAAUAAAAAUGUGGACUUACAGGUAACUAAAGCCAGAUGUGGGCUGAAAGAAAGUGCUACUCUGUGUGUUUUAAAGACAGAGUUAAUGUUUUUUGGGCGAGGAUAAACGUGCUCCGUGGUUCAGUCCGGAUGAAUGAGGUGGAAGGAGUGAGGAAGAUGGACUGGACGGAGCUCUCGGGACAACAGAAAUUCUGGAAAUAAAUCAGAAAAAUAGAACAAGAAGAAGAAGUAGAACAACAGCUACAACAGACCUCUAUUGUGGAUGUGUUUCUGUGCGGAAAGAACCACAGCUGUUAGCGCUGGACUGUUGAUGACUCGGUUCAUACUUGGGUGAUUCGAUUCCCCAGAACAGUUAUGACAAUAAUGAUGUUUUUCACUGUGCUUGAACCCUGGAGAGUUAGCUGACAUUAUCCAAUGUGUUUUUUUCUUGAAAGUAAGCUUUAAGUAAGCUUUGAAGCUGCACAUGAACCUGCAACCUGCAGUAAUCCUGCUCGGAGUCGUUUGUUCGAAAGAACCGAGUCUUACAAAUGAUUCGGAGAUAGCAUCACUCCAGUGAUCAACUGAGCCGGUUUGACCCAACCUCCAUCUGUGUGUGUGUGUGUGUGUGUGUGUGUGUGUGUGUGCCAACCCCUCUGAUGUUGAGACUGAUGUGAGGCAGGUUUCUGAGUGUGUGUAUAAAAGCUCCUCACACUGACUCAGCUGUCCGGCUGUAAGGAACCUAAAGAAAGGAGAACUUUAGAACUUGGACAAAAAAGGAAGCAUGUCUCAUCACUGGGGUUACAGCUCUCAUGAUGGUCCUGAUAAAUGGGCUGACCACUUCCCCAUUGCUAACGGACCCCGGCAGUCUCCCAUUAACAUCAUCCCGAGCCAGGCCCAGUUCGACUCUUCUCUCAAGCCGCUCAAGAUCCAUUACGAUCCGUCUACGUCCAAAGACAUCAUGAACAAUGGCCAUUCAUUUCAAGUCAACUUCCUGGACGAGGACGACAGCACAAUUCUGACUGGUGGACCCGUCACUGGCACCUACAGACUGACUCAGUUCCACUGCCACUGGGGUGCGAGUGACGACAAAGGGUCCGAGCACACCGUCGAUGGCAUCAAAUACCCCUGUGAGCUUCAUCUGGUGCACUGGAACACCAAGUAUGCAAACUUUGGUGAGGCCGUGGACAAACCAGAUGGCUUGGCGGUUAUCGGAGUUUUUCUGAAGAUUGGUUCUGCCAAUCCCCGACUGCAGAAAGUUCUGGAUACCUUCGAUGCCAUCAAAGCAAAGGGUCACCAAACCACUUUCAAGAACUUUGACCCCAAGAACCUGUUGCCUGCCUCCCUGAAUUUUUGGACGUAUGAAGGUUCUCUCACCACACCACCUCUGUUUGAGAGCGUGACCUGGAUCGUCCUCAGAGACCCGAUUAGCGUGAGCUCUGCCCAGAUGGAGAAAUUCCGCAAGCUGUUGUUCAGCUCAGAGGAAGAACAUCCUCGCUGUAUGUGCGAUAACUACAGACCGCCUCAACCCGUAAAAGGACGCAAAGUUCGCACCAACUUUAAAUAAACCCCAGAAAGCGCCCCUGACUCCGCCCACUCGACGCACCUCGGCCAAUCGCAUCGCUUCUUUUCCUUCUGUCCUUUUUGAACUCUUGAGAUCAUGCUUAUAUUUUGCUAUAUUUUGUUCUAUAUUUUCUAUAUCCUAUAAUCCUAUAUUUUGCUAGGGUUCAUUUGAAUAAUUGACUCUCUUUUCGAUAACACAAUGUUAUGAAUCAGUUCUUUAAAUCGACUCAUUUGUGCCAGUUGAUUUGAUUCAAAUGAACCGACUGCCUUACUGGGUGGACUGAAAAAUGAAUCAUUGAAUGAAUCAUUUGAACCGAAGUCGGUUCAUUCGAAUUCUACUUGGCUGUACAAAGUAUAAAGGUGUAUAAAUCAGUGGGUUUAAAUCUUUAAAACAAAUUUAGCAACUGAAAUGAAAAGAAAUGAACUGCUUUCUAAAUUUCUAAUUUUCUAAAUUUUGGAGAAAAAAAACAUUUGAAUUGAAAAUACCCGAUUGAGUCAAUUGGUUAAUUGAGUUACUUGGUUAAUCUAUUCAAAUGAUUUGUUACAACCGGUUACAUGUAAAACCAAUGACCAUAUUGUAUCAAUUAUUCAUAUUUUAUUUCAUUUUUAAUUAUAAAUUGUUUACCUAUUCAGACCUCCAUGCUAGGAAAGAGAUAUUAAUGCUCAAUGUUCCCAUUAAUUUAAGUUUCCAUUUCUCCUGAUCUAAUGGAUUAUUAUUAUUAUUAUUAUUAUUAUUAUUAUUAUUAUUAUUUUACAGUAUAUAUAUUUUAGGUUGAGAUGUGUGAAAUGUUCAGGGUGCAGAGCAGAGUGAAGAAGAAACCUUCUAGUGAAGCACUUUUUUCUUUCAGAAGCAGCUAUAGAGAAAACCUAGAAAAAAAAAUAUUGUUUAUAAAAAAUAUAUCUAUUGUUUUAUCAGAAGGAUGAAUUCUUAUAAAUAAAGCUUUAAUAUAUUUAAAGAUAAAGAUUUAAA